AUGGAAGCUGUAAUGAUCCAAACCGGUUCGAUUUCGGCCCAGUCGCCGGCUGUGCCCGGUUCGCCCAGAGUGUCCCUCUCCCGAAACGACUCGCUGUCCAGCGUUUUCUCCGGCCCAAGGAGCACCGACGGAUCUCCAAGGAUCUCUCUUCAUCUCGACGUCAAUCACCGGAGAGAUAAAAUGAUCCGGAGAGCUCGGUCGGACAGCGACAUUCUCCGAUCGGAGAAUGAUUUUGCCGCGAAAUCGCCCGCUUUUCCAGCGGAGAAGCUACGGUUUCCCGGCGGAGAUCGUGGAGUCAACGCUUUGUCGACCGUCGACGAAGACGAGCAGAAAAAGAUCGGAGAUUAUUAUCAGGAGAUGCUAAAGUCAAAUCCCGAUAAUCCUCUGCUUCUGAGAAACUACGGAAAAUUCUUGCAUGAGGUGGAGAAGGAUGUGGCGGGAGCUGAAGAGUGCUAUUGCAGAGCCAUAUUGGCGAGCCCUGGAGAUGGCGACUUGUUGUCGCUGUACGCAAAGCUGAUCUGGGAGACGCAUAGAGACGAGGAGAGAGCUCAGUCUUACUUUGAUCAGGCCGUUUCUGCUUCCCCUGACGAUUGCAUGGUGUUGGGGGCCUUCGCUAGCUUCAUGUGGGAAGCAGAGGAAGAUGAAGAGGAGAAUGAAGAAAUCAACCCAAACGUUCAAGUUUCAGCAGCGCCAGCUCUGGUUCAUGCCUUUUAG